UCGUGAAGCGAUUGGAGCGAAUUGAUUGAUUAAAAAAUACAAACGAAAUACAGAAAAUCCCGCAUAAACAAGUUCUGUAAGUUAACACCUAUACUUUCAGGAGAUUUUAAAGAUUUUUCUCUCACGAAGCUAAAAAUAAAUCACUCACCAUUUUUGUGGCGAAAGUGCUGUUCCGGGUUUUACGUGAGCCACACGCGAAGUGGUCAGCUGUUCGAAACAAACAACGGAAGUAACUUAACCAUUYAUUCUCAGCUGUUACGAUGAAGAAGAGCAAAGGCAAAGCAAACAGCGAUGCUGAGAAGGAGUUUGUGUUUGAAUUUAGGGCAGGAAAACACAAAUGUGUGCUCAAAGUGCCGCUACAGUUUCCUGUCCAAGUCAACAUCAGUGACCUGCAUGGACGCCUUAUGCUGCUACAUAAAAUACCCUGCUAUGUAGAACAUGAUCUUAAAACCUCACUUUCCAGUUUCAUAGAGAAGGAGACGACAGUGGAUUAUGACAGAGAGGCGGAGCUGGCUCUGCAGAGACUUACGACAGGAGAGGUGGAUGUAAACCAGCUUACCGGUGCAUGGUCCAAGUCUUAUGUAGAGACCACGCUGGAGCACGCUCGACCCGAAGAGCCCAGCUGGGACGAGGACUUUGCUGAUGUUUACCACGAGCUGAUCCACUCUCCUGCUUCAGAGACCCUCCUCAACCUGGAGCACAACUAUUUUGUCAGCAUCUCUGAGCUCAUCAGUGAAAGAGACAUGGAGAUUAAGAAGCUACAAGAAAGGCAAGCAUCAGAAAUGGACAAAGUGAUGCACGAGCUGGGGAACACACUGAGUGACCAUGAUGUAAAUGCAGUAGCAUCUCAACACUUUGAUGCACAGCAGAUUUUGGAGAACAAGUGGACCAGUGAGCUGAAGCAGGUGACAGAAAUUCAAAAACAAGAAUAUCAAGAGUGGGUCAUCAAACUGCACCAGGAUCUGCAGAAAUCCAACAACAGCAGUCAGAUUAAUGAGGAGAUUAAGGUGCAGCCCAGCCAGCUGUCAGAGGCAGCAGACUCUGGGACCAGGAUGUUUGAGGAGCAGUCUCUGCUGGAGGAGAGCUUCACCAUUCACCUGGCAGGAGCGCAGCUGAAGACGAUGCACAACCUGCGCUUGGUUCGAGCCGACGUCCUGGACUUCUGUAAACACAGACAACACGGCAGCAGCGGAGCCAAGCUGAGGCGGCUGCAGACGGCUCUUUCUCUGUACUCCUCCUCGCUCUGUGGACUGGUGCUGCUGGUCGAUAACAGGGUCAACUCCUACAGCGGCAUCAAGAGAGACUUUUCAACCGUGGCGAAGGAGUGCACAGACUUCCACUUUCACUGUUUGGAGAAGCAGCUGGAGGAGGUGCAGCAGGUGCUGCUCUACGCCAGAGCCCAACAGAGCAGCAAGCAGAAAGACCAAUCUGGUUMGUCUUGUUGUCAACAUAAAGAGAUUCAUAGGAACGGAGGCGACGAUAAGAGCAAAACAGUCGAAAGAAAUCCUUCAAAUAUUUUGCCAGGUGAGUUCUACAUCUCGCGCCACUCCAACUUGUCGGAGGUCCACGUGGUCUUCCAUCUGUGCGUGGACGACAACCUUCGUUCUGGGAACAUCACGGCCCGCGACCCCGCCAUCAUGGGUCUGAGGAACAUCCUGAAGGUCUGCUGCACGCACGACAUCACCACCGUCACCAUACCUCUGCUGCUGGUCCACGACAUGUCGGAGGAGAUGACGAUACCGUGGUGUCUGAAGCGAGCUGAGCUGGUUUUCAAAUGCGUUAAAGGUUUUAUGAUGGAAAUGGCCUCAUGGGAUGGGGGUAUUUCACGCACAGUCCAGUUCCUGGUGCCAAAGAGUAUCUCGGAGGAAAUGUUCUACCAGCUGAGCAACAUGCUGCCUCAGAUCUUCCGCGUCUCCUCGACACUAACGCUCACUUCGAAGCAGUGACGGGUUGAGGCGAGCGGCGCUUCGUAUCCUCGAGUCGUUCGGACCAAAAGGCUACUUUUUGAAAAUGAAACGUUGAAUGAAAUGAUAGCAUUCUAGCACUUACAGAUGAGAAGUGGUUUUUUUUGUACCUCCAGUGAGCCUUGUUAUUAUUGUUCCCUCCACAGCUCUACAGAAAUAUGUCACAUUGAAAGAGGACUGGAGUCACUAAAGCAGCUGCUACAAUUAUCAUUUCAAGCCUCUUGGGUGCGGUUCUGCUGACAGAGCUUUAUUACAUCAGCUCUAAAUAUUACCCUUUUUUUAAAUUCAGCUUGAAUUCGUUCCUUUGCUUGGUAUAAUUUAACAAAAUCUUAAGGUUUAUGAGCUGGAACGCAACAAGGCAAUGAAACAAAAAAUAAUAAUAAAAAAAGAAGAAGAAAGAACUUAUAAAGUUAUAAAACCAUAAUAAACAGCAGAAUUUAUUUUUUUUUGUGGGACACUUUAUGUAGUGUGUAAGCAGGGAAAAUAUAACUUUAUUUGAACUGAUAUAUAUGGACUGAGGUUUCAAAAUUUAAAUAAAAAAAUCCACAUUCAGACAAUUUUGUCUGUUGGGGUCUACCGAUCAACAUUCUGUCUUGGCAACAAAAAAAUAUGGGAUAGUUUCUUUAAAACUGCACAAAAAACCCAUCUGCUGCAGUUAUUUCUACUCACAAGAUGCAAUGAUGCACCUCUAAUGAUAUGUUUGUAGAUAAUUAUUUUCAUUCUGCACUGCGGUUUUGUAAAGUAAACAUAUCUCCCCCCUAUCUGUAGAUGGCACUGUUCCUAAAGAGAAAGAUUUGAAAAAAAAAAAGAGAAUUUAAUUAAAAGAUUUGUGCAUCUAUUAAAAUAAUGCUAAAUGAGCAUUCGCUCUUUGACAUUCAUCUGCAUUCAUGGUACCUAAAUGUACAGCCGCCAUUUUUGUUUUGUCCAACUGUGAAUUCUUGUCAGAUGUGUUGAAAACUUGAACUUAUAAACAUUCUGUAUUUUUUUUGUUUACACUUUGUUUUAAUUAAAAAAAUACAUGUAAAACCACAACUAUUUGAUAGAUUAUGUUCUCAAAGAAAGGCAGCAUGAACUCAUCAGAUAUUUCAAUAUGAAAUGAUGAUGUUUGUUCCCACUUUACCACUCGUGAUGUGUUUUGUGGAGGGUUUUAAUGUUGAUGACUUAUCCACAGGGAUGCAAUCUCUGAAGUUAUGAAGCAUGCAACUCAUUGGAAUUAAAUUUCAACAGCCAAUCAAUCCAGCCUGUCAGAACGCUCGCCACAGCAACAUUUAUUUGUGGCGUAAGGCUAAUUACAAGAAAUAUUAGUGAAGCAAUCAGAAUAAAUGGAAAUGAACAAGA